CCCUCCAUCCCCUAUUUUUGAAACCCAGCUCUAUGCCCCAGGCUUCUCCUUGACCUCAAUCGUGUUCUUUUCCUGACACUUAGGCAGCAAAGGUCCCAGCCCUAAAAAAAAAAAAAAAAAAAAAAAGCAGGAGAGCAGAUUCAGGUACGGUUAAGGCUCAGGUAAAAGUCAGCAGCCAAUGGAAAGCACAGCAAUCAGAAGGGCUCCACCUCUGAGACAGGAACACCCAAGCAGUCUUCUCUUUCCAAGGGAAAAUGAUUUCUCCUGAACUGGUGAUGAGUUUAAGCCGUGUUUUCUUUGGCCAGCUGUGGGGAAAGCAGCCCCCUCGGGAUCCCUGGUGAAGGAGGAGCCAGCGGCAGGCCAGCCCACCAGCAGCCGCCGAGUUCUGAGGGACGAUGAAUUGGGGAGUCUUCGAGGGACUGUUGAGCGGCGUCAACAAGUACUCCACAGCUUUCGGCCGCAUCUGGCUCUCUCUGGUCUUCAUUUUCCGCGUGCUGGUCUACCUGGUGACCGCUGAGAAGGUGUGGAGCGAUGACCACAAGGACUUUGACUGCAACACGCGCCAGCCGGGCUGCUCCAACGUCUGCUACGACAACUUCUUCCCCGUCUCCCACGUCCGGCUGUGGGCCCUGCAGCUCAUCCUGGUCACCUGCCCCUCGCUGCUAGUGGUCAUGCAUGUGGCCUACCGGGAGGCCCGGGAGCGGAGACACCUGGAGCAGGUGGGCGCAGGCGGCGGGCGCCUCUACCCAAACCCGGGCAAGAAGCGCGGAGGGCUCUGGUGGACUUAUGUCUGCAGUUUGGUCUUCAAGGCUGCCGUCGACUCGGCAUUCCUCUACGUGUUCUACCGCUUCUAUCGGAACUACAUGCUCCCGCGUGUGGUCCUCUGCAGCGAGGACCCCUGCCCCCACACCGUGGACUGCUUCAUCUCCAAGCCCACGGAGAAGAACAUUUUCACACUUUUUAUGGUGACUACCGCCAUCAUCUGUAUCUUGCUCAACUUGGUAGAACUGGGUUACUUGAUCAGCAAGAGGUGCUGGGAAUGUCGCGGGGUCGGGAGAAGAGAUACCAAGAAGGACUUACUGACCGGGGGUGACCUCAUCUUCCUGGGCACAGACGCCACGCCAGCCCUUCUGCCCUUUUCUUCUGAUUCCCCCCGAGACCAGGUGAAGAAAACCCUGGUAUAAAGAACUGCCUGGUGGGCUCCCUGCAGCAGCACUGG